GUUAACAGGCGGCCGGGCGCCCCGCUGCCCCUCAUUGCGCCAUGGCCACCGCCAACGACAGAGCCGUGCUGCAGACCAUCUUCAACCCCAGCACUCCCUUCGGUGACGUCCCCGGGCUGGACGAGGACGAGGACGUUCGGCACGAAGAGGAGGAGGCCUUCGAGCCGGAGCUGCUGGAGCAGGUGAGGGAGCUGGAGCUGCAGGGCGUUUCUGCUGCCGAAUCCGGAGAUGUGAGCGCGGCCCUGGAGCGCUUCAGCGAGGCCAUCCGCCUGCUGCCCCAGCGCGCCUCGGCCUACAACAACCGCGCACAGGCACUGCGCCUCAAGGGCGACGUGGCAGGCGCUCUGCGGGACCUGGAUGCCGCCGUCCGCCUGGGCCGGGGCUGCGGCCGAGCCGCGUGCCAAAGCCUGGUGCAGCGCGGGCUGAUCCAUCGGCUGCACGGCCGUGACGACGACGCCCGGCGGGACUUCCAGCAGGCGGCGCGGCUGGGCAGCGCCUUCGCACGGCAGCAGCUGGUGCUGCUCAACCCCUACUCGGCCCUCUGCAACCAAAUGCUGAGCGAGAUGCUGGGGCGGCUGCGCAACCCCGACGUGGUCGGCAGUGACUGAGGCCGCCGUACCGCCGUGCUGACCGAAGCUCAGGGGCAGAGCUGCGCUUGGAGGACUCUGAGGGUUUAGAGGAGGCUGCAGCACGCAGCUGCUCCUCGCUCCAGGGCCGUCGUGGGGAAAGCUUCCUGCACCUCAGCUUUGUCGUGGCUCUGUUCCGUGGCAAAUAAACCUCCCUGGUGGCCCAGCA